AUGAAACUAUUGCUUUUGUUUUUCUUAUUAGAGUACUUAGAUUUUGCUCCAUUACCAGCUGCUGAUGCUAAUGCAAAAUUUUCUUAAAAUGACCUUUAUAUUUUAAGAGAAGCAUCUAUUAUUAGGGGAAAUUACAAAGAUGUAGCUUCGUAAUUUAAUGGAGCACUUCUAUCUUCAGCAAGAAAAACUAUUUUUUGGACACUAGGUAUUGAAAAUAGCCCUUUAAGAAAUUUACUGUAUUACUACCCUCCAGAUCCAAAUCUUCAUUAAGGACAUGUAGUUGCCAGACUCGGUGAAUCAAUAAUAGUGGAAUUUUUAUAAGCAUACGAAAUUAAUACUGUAAGGUUUUGGAUGUGGGAUAAUGAUGAUAGAUAAACAGACAUACAAGUAUUAACAAUAGCAGCUGACAGGAGGACUGAAAAAUUCAUUUAUGAUGGUAAUGCCCAAGCUAAAAUAUUACCAAUUUAAAAAUCUUCUAGUGUUUUUAUUUUAAUAAUUAAAAAAAUAAAUUGCAUACAUUUAGUGAAACUUGAAUUUAUUAAUUUUAAAAUGACUUUACAUGUUGUAAAAUUAUCUGAUUAAUUGGUUUCUGGAUUGAAAUUUUAUAACAGAGGAGGGAAUAGUUUAGACCAUUAGUAUAUGUCGAUCAUCAAAAUAUAAGCCUUUUAUGCUUUUUGA